CCCGUAUGUACUUUAUUGUGGCUAGUGCCUUUUUGUCAAAUUGUGGCGUUCAAAAACAGAACUACAUGGUGCUACAUAGAACUAGCAUGCAGCUCUAGCUAGAAUUCAAGUCGUUUUUGAGCUUUCACACAGCACAGAACAGAAAUCGUUCUUGUAAGCAUAGUUCCCGUAUGUAUGCAGUAGUCUGCGGUGUGCAGUUGUACAGUACGCAGAGACGUGUUUACAAUUUACCUAAAAUAGCCAUCAAAUCAAAAAUACGUCCACACUGCAGUGUUUCCACGCAUGCGCAGUAGCCUAACAAACGUACACGUACAAGUUUUCUGCACGAGAUUGCAUGCUUUGUACAAGAACUCCACUUACGUCUUCCUGGGUGUGGUCGCUGUACUGAAAUGACGUCACUCCCAGUCCUGUCUUAUCCGGGGACUUAUCGAUCUCCCAUGCACAACUUGGUUAGUUGAUCAAGCGAACCACUCCAAUUCUAUAGCGAUAACGAAAAGCGUGUUUGAAUUUCAUAUGGCCGACUGGUUCCUCUGUCCGUGGUGUGGGGUACAAGAAGAGCAGCCGGUUCGGCGGCGGCCAAAAAUCGACAAGAGUAUGAUAGGAACUCCUGAAAACUUUCAACAUACAGGACAUAUUGGGUCAGGAGACACGUCUGCAGGAUCGAACUUGAAUUCAGUUCAGAGUCAAAUGAAAUCAAAAGGUGGCUAUGAAAACACACAGGAAGUUCCUGCUAACUCAACGCCUGAUGGAGUGCCAGUUAGACAGAUGGAUGCAACGUAGCAGACGAACUUGAGUAGCCGUACUGUUAUGUUGUCAUUUCAAAACUGAGUAAUAUCUUAGAUUGUGGUUUGCCUGGCUUUGCCAGUGUAUUGCGUUGUGUCUACGUAAUUAUCUGCUGACACAAAUGACAUCAUAUAUUAGUCUACCUUUUUUACAUUUUAUAGCUGUGAAUAACAAGAGGAGAGCAACAAUA